UGUGUCUUGAUUGAUUCACUGACAGGUGACGGCAUAGUUUUCUUUAACAGGCAAAGUCAAUUAUGGUUCGUCCUGUGCGUUUGUGCACUUGCACCUAAGCUCUGACCUUAGCUAGAGCUUUUUCCAGGUUCUUGGUCUCCCUACGGUCAUGUUGGAUUAGAAAAGACAAGAAUCUAAAAUGCGAUUGCGACGUUUAUAACACUUCGAGAAACUCGUAGACUUGUUAAAGAAACGUUGUGCGUUAGCUGCGCUUAUUUCAACAACGCAUGGGCUGACAACAUGGUAGGCCUAGGCUACAUUAAUUAAAUUUUAAAGGUUGAUGAAUGCUGCAUGCGCUACUGGGUGUUUGGUUACUUUAGGCGGAAGAUAGAUGCCCAGUCUUUCAUCUGCCCUCCACAGCCAACAAGUGACUUGAAGUAUGGCCCGCUGUUGGGACUCAACUGUAAGAUUUGUACGAGAAAACGCGUUCCCGUUUCUGUUGUUUGGAUACCUUCUCUUUUUACUAUUUGGCGGACUUGUUUUUAUGGCACUUGAGCAGUCUGGCGAGAACUAUUUGGUGACCGAAGUGCAGCACCUUCGAACGAGGUUUCUCUCAGAAAACCGCUGUCUUCAAGAGAAACGACUGGACACACUGCUACAAGAGGUGCUCACCGUCGGGAAAAGCGGAGUCGCAGUGCUGGAAGCAGACAGCGACCAUUACAACUUUGACUUUACAUCAUCGCUUUUCUUCGUCAGUACCGUUCUUACAACCACAGGUUAUGGCACCACCAUGCCCCUAUCGGACGAAGGACGCCUCUUCUGCAUCCUCUACUGCAUGCUGGGGAUCCCCGUCACCCUGCUCCUCCUCUCCUGCCUCACCCAUGCCCUGCUCCCCUGGGUUACUGGCCGGCCCGUCCUCUACCUCCAGACCCGCUGGGGUCUCUCCAAGAGCCGCGCUGCGCUGAUCUAUGCCUGCAUUCUGGCCGGCGCCACCGGCGUAGUGUUCUUCCUGCUCCCAGCCGUGGUGCUGUCGCUGCUGGAGCGCGACUGGAACUUCCUCGAGGCGCUCUACUUCUGCUUCAUCUCGCUGAGCACCAUCGGCCUCGGGGACUACCUGCCGGGGCGGACGCACAGCAAGGCAACACGACAAGGCCUGGAGUUGGCCACCUCCUGCUACCUGGUUGUGGGUCUGGUGGUUCUCCUGGUCGUCCUCGAGACCUUCUGGGUUCUCCCUCAGGUGCAGGCGCUAAUCCGACUCUUCAGCCGGCCAAGCAGCACCACCGAGCUCAAGGGCGUGGACCUGGACGAGAUGGUGCUGGGUUGGGACCACACAUACCCAAACUCACCCGAGGAGGGACCCGAGUAUGCCCUGCCCAUCUCCACCAUCUCCCCCUGCCCGCCAGAGGUGCCCCUGCCCCUGUCUCCUCCUCAGCCCUCACCAGAGAAGGGGCAGGAAGAGUUGCCCCCUGACCAGCCUGCAGAUACCCCACCUGAAGACCCAAAGCAAUGACACCGUGGUGUCAUAUUGCACUGACUGAGUUUCAUGCUGGUAUUGUUUACAUGACCUGGUUUUUGUCAUCUUGUAUGUGUUGUCAUGAGUUGUGUUGACAUCUUGUAUGUGUUGUCAUGAGUUGUGUUGACAAUCUGAAAUCAUUUCUGUCUGAAUGAACGAAGUUAUGCUUCAUUAAUUUAAUCAGCACAAUGGUCUUCGGAUCAUUGAUUAGUUGGGCCUGGUGUACUCAGGCUUGAUUAAACCCUCUGUGGAUGAUCA